GGCCGCCCCGGACACGCUGGGUGCCUGCUCCUCGGAGGAUCUGGUCGCCUCUUCGGUGCAGAGCCGGGAGUUCGCCUAGCAUCCCCACCACCGCCUUCGUCUUCUUCCAGUUAGGGACUAGCCAUGCUGCACUGGGGAUACGAUGAGGACAACGGGCCUUCUCAUUGGAAGGAAGUUUUCCCCAUCGCGAAUGGAGACCGUCAAUCUCCCAUUGAUAUCCGAACUCAGGACACCAAAUAUGACCCCACUCUGCAACCCCUCAGUCCUAAUUAUGACCCCACUUCUGCUAAAGUCAUUCUUAACAAUGGACACUCCACUAGUGUGGAAUUUGAUGACACUGAAAACAAAUCAGUGCUGAGUGGGGGUCCACUCGUUGGGAACUAUAGACUGCGGCAAAUUCAUUUCCAUUGGGGGCCCAGUGACGACGUUGGCUCUGAACAUGCAGUGGAUGGAACAAAAUUCGCAGCAGAGCUUCAUGUGGUCCAUUGGAAUGCGGAAAAAUACUCCACUUUUGUUGAGGCUGCUCGCCAGCCAGAUGGAUUAGCAGUCAUGGCUGUUUUCUUAAAGGUGGGUGAGUGUAACUCACAGCUGAAGAAAAUCACAGACCUUUUGGAUGCAAUUAAAGUAAAGGGUAAGACGCGCACUUUUACCAACUUCGACCCCUCUUGUUUGCUCCCGUGCUCUCUGGACUACUGGACAUACCUUGGCUCUCUCACUGUUCCUCCUCUUCUCGAAAGUGUCAUCUGGAUAAUUCUCAGAGAGCCUAUAAACAUUUGCUCUGAACAGCUGGCAAAAUUCCGCAGCGUCCUCUGUACUGGUGAUGGAGAGGCUGUCUGCCGCCUGCUGAAAAAUUUCAGACCCCCACAGCCUUUAAGAGGCCGGGAAGUGAGAAGAAACUAAAGGAGAAGCAAAGGCAAAGAGGAUCAAUACCAACUGAAGCAUUCUUUAGGAGGAACAUAUGUUCACAGGCUAUCUUACCUGUUUUGUGUGUGUGUGUGAAAGAGUUUAAAGAUCAGGAUACCAUGAGAUAGCCAAUAUUUUUGUCAGUCCUGUUGAUUUUUGGUGGCAGUGUUAUAAGCAUGUGCUUAACUCCCCCCCCCCCCCUGAAAUCAGUAGGACUAUAAAUUCUGGAUUAUGCCAUAAUUUUUAACAUAUAAGUAACCUUUUAGCUCAGGUGUUUUAAUUAAUAGGUACCAUUUUGUUGCUGUUUGGCUAUGGCAGAUAGGCAUGUGUUACUUAUGACAAAGAAUAGAGUUGGAAUUAUAUAAAAUAUCUUAACUACUAUUGUAUCGUAAUUGGUUAAAAGACACACAUUAAAGCAAAAGGAGUUGUUUUGAGAUGUAGCACUUGAGCCAGUGUUUUGUUUUGUAGCCUAAAUGAGUUCCACAUCCCACCUGAAUGCACUGGAGCAUUUGAGCAGGGUGGUGAUUGGCAGAAAAUCAGUUGGGUGUGGUUUAGAAAUACAGUGGAUUAAGAUAAGUGGUUCCUUUCAGUCUCUUUCAACUCCUUGUGAGUUCAUCUGGGACUUUUCUAAAGACUUUUGGGAACUGCAUAUCAAAUAUUCUCUAUCAGCCCUCUGGCCCUUUCUGCACAUGCAACAAUAAUGCACAUUCAAUCCACUUUCACAAUUGUUUGAAAGUAAAUUCCGCACAGUAAAAAUCCAGCUUGAAAGUGGAUUGAAAGUGCAUUAUUCUGCAUGUGUGGAAAGGGCCAGAGUCUGAGGCAGCCCUUUUGACUCUGUAUUUGAGGAAACAUAGAUAAGCUAUUUCCUAAACAUCUUCCAUUGACAAUAGCUAAGUUGUAAGUGUGUUAAAAAUAAUGUUUGUAGAUGAGAUAGUUAAAAAAAACCGGUUGCCGGAAGCCUCAUCUUUCAUUGCCUCUGAAUGCCAUCAAAAACAUUUUGAAAAAAGUCUUGAAUGUGCAGCGGCCUCCAGUGGCUGCAGCUGUGUUCUGCAGGCAGUAAUUGAGCAGCUAGCAAGAUUUGAUUUCAGAUUUUCAAUAACAGAACAGAGGCCCAAAAUGGGAAACAGGUGGAGGCCAUUGACACAAAUCUCCCCUGCAUUUCCCCAGUAACGUGCUGGGGAAAAACCCCACGUCGUGGCACUGUUAUGUUAGCUGUUCCACAUUCCCUUUAAGUGCCAGCCAUUGAAGUGGAGGAGAACAUCAGUGUACUUCAGGAAACAUCAGUGUUUGGGAUUUCUUUUUUAGCUACACGUACUGAGGAAAUUCAGGGAGCAGCAUCCACAUGUCUUGCCCUUAAUCUGAUAAUAGGCCUGACUGGAAGUUGCCUACAUUAGAAUUUUGUAUAUUCUGCUGAGUACAAAACAGAUGCAGAAUGUCAUGUGUUGAUGUAAGCAAUGAUUUGGAUGUGACAUGUUUUCCGCAUUUGCCCCCUUUUUUCCUUUAACAUGAAAGCUUACAAUUUUUUUAAGUAUUGUAUUGUCGAAGGCUUUCAUGGCUGGAUUCAACUGGUUGUGGUGGGUUUUCCGGGCUGUGUGGCCAUAGUCUGGUACAUCUUGUUCCUAACGUUUCACCUG